CUGCAGCACCCCCCAAAUCCCCUACUCUUGUGUUCUGAAUAGAUUUGCACUAAGUUAGCAUACUUGGCUCCCUAUAUACUGCACUGUGGCUUUUCAGGGAAACUUUGAACUUAAUCUGCGUAAGAAAUAGCAUGCAGAGAAGAAACGAGCAGAAUUCCAAGCUGUGUUCCAGCAAGGCAGACACUAUUCACGUGCUAAUCAACUGGCAUGCUACGCUGAGGAGCACCCCACACAACCUUCUCCAGUUCCAACUCUGGUGCUGCAGCAAGAUUUGGUGGCAUCUAAGCAGAGUCCCCUGAUGGAGCAGCACCUCCCUGUCCUGAUCCAGUAAGGAGUGGUCACAGUGAUCUUCCCACUGCACACAAAGGCAAGGCACUCCUUAAAGGGACCUUCCAUGGUGUCGCCAGCCUCAGUAAGUGCCGGCUCAGGAGCCCCAGCUUUCUCUUAAGGAUGAGUGGGGAGGGGUCUUGAGACGCCUCCACCUCCACCUCCGCAUCCUCCCAAAACAGGAGGGAGGCAGCUGACUGGCAGAGUGGAUGGAGACCACGGGUCGGAGGGGCCGCUCGCUGGUAGCUGCUUCUUGGGAUGCUCCUCUCCAGUUGAGCCUCCUGACUGUGAUCCAGAGGGUGCUGGAGGCGCAUCUUUGCCGUAUGCCUGCGUUGCUUUGAGCCAGCGCCCAGAAGCCAGCCCUCCGCAUUCAGGCACCUCGGACUGGCUCCAGGCAGGGCUGUGUGCAGUCACCAUGAACGCUCAGCUCUAGGCUUCUGCACCAACCUCCUGACCAAAUGGAUCUGGCUGUUUAAUCAGCCGAGAUCACAGCCUGGGGAAGAUUGAGGAGGCUGAUCAGCGCUCCAGCUGCUGAGACAACUUCCAGCUUGGCUGUUUACUUCUUUGGGUCCCGGGGACUCUGUCCAGCACCUCAGCAUCUCUUGCCGCUCUGUGGGCUCUGAAGUCAGCUGCCGGGACGCCUCUGAAGGCAUCCAGGAAGGGUGGGGGCAAGAGGGGAUAAAAGGCAGCAGAAAUCCCCCCAAACUGCUCACCCUCUGCCGACCGCCUGUGCUGUGGGGUUCUGAGAGGACCUUGCGCUGUCCUGGGAAGCAAUGCAAGUCUCUAUAGCCUGCACAGAGCACAAUUUGAAGAGUCGAAAUGGUGAGGACCGUCUUCUAAGCAAGCAGAGCUCCACCGCCCCGAAUGUGGUGAACGCAGCCCGGGCCAAAUUCCGCACCGUCGCUAUCAUCGCUCGCAGCCUGGGGACCUUCACCCCUCAGCAUCACAUUUCUCUCAAAGAGUCCACCGCAAAGCAGACUGGCAUGAAAUACAGGAAUCUUGGGAAAUCAGGACUCAGAGUUUCUUGCUUGGGUCUUGGAACGUGGGUGACAUUUGGAGGUCAAAUUUCAGAUGAGGUUGCUGAACGGCUGAUGACGAUCGCCUACGAAAGUGGAGUUAAUCUCUUCGACACGGCUGAGGUCUACGCCGCUGGGAAGGCUGAGGUGAUUCUGGGGAACAUCAUCAAGAAGAAAGGCUGGAGGAGGUCCAGCUUGGUCAUCACAACCAAACUCUACUGGGGUGGAAAAGCUGAAACAGAGAGAGGCUUGUCAAGAAAGCACAUCAUUGAAGGACUCAAGGGUUCCCUCCAGAGGCUGCAACUGGAAUACGUGGACGUGGUCUUUGCAAACCGACCUGACAGCAACACCCCCAUGGAAGAAAUUGUUCGAGCCAUGACACACGUCAUCAACCAAGGCAUGGCAAUGUACUGGGGCACCUCGAGGUGGAGCGCAAUGGAGAUCAUGGAAGCCUACUCUGUCGCACGGCAGUUCAACAUGAUCCCACCCGUCUGUGAGCAAGCCGAGUACCAUCUUUUCCAGAGGGAGAAGGUGGAGGUCCAGCUGCCAGAGCUCUACCACAAAAUAGGGGUUGGUGCAAUGACAUGGUCUCCGCUUGCCUGUGGAAUUAUUUCAGGAAAAUAUGGAAACGGCGUGCCAGAAAGUUCUAGAGCUUCACUGAAGUGCUACCAGUGGUUGAAGGAAAGAAUUGUAAGUGAAGAAGGGAGAAAGCAACAAAACAAGCUCAAAGACCUUUCUCCGAUCGCUGAGCGUCUGGGAUGCACACUGCCUCAGCUGGCUGUGGCCUGGUGCCUGAGAAAUGAGGGCGUGAGUUCCGUGCUCCUGGGAUCAUCCACUCCUGAGCAACUCAUUGAAAACCUUGGUGCCAUUCAGGUCCUCCCUAAGAUGACAUCACAUGUGGUAAAUGAGAUUGACAACAUACUGCGCAACAAGCCCUACAGCAAAAAGGACUAUAGAUCAUAAGGCAAUAAUGCAUGGGCCCCAGAAACUGCAUGGGUACAGUCAUGGUGGGUAGGCGGUGCAGAGUGACCGUACUAGACACUCUUUUCAAUCACUUAGCAGCUUGCUGCUCAACCUCUAGUGUCCCAGGAUUCUCUGAGGUUUCUGCUGUUGCUACGACCACUGUGCGCUCUUGAAUUCUGAACAAGUGAAAAUUCGCAACCCAGAAAACCCAUUCUAUUUUCUUAUCUUGGACUGGUCCCCUACCCUAGCAUUGCUCUCUGCACCUCAUGCUUCUGCAAUGGAAAGAGUAUUGGGGUAGGGGAAAUCUACUAUCUUCAGACAUUCGUAACUUCAAGGAGGCUGUACAUAUAUAUUUUUUUUCAAAAGAGCAAAAUUCACAGAAUAGGAAGAGUAUGUGAGAUGCGUAGGAAUCAGGAUAUCCUCACUCUUUAGUCUUGUUUGGGAGAGCAAAUAGAACUAAUUUACUUUUUUCGUAUUUCAUAUUCACAUUAGCAAGUCUUAAGUCACCUGUCACUCAACACUAAAAUUUCUAGGUAUUUGUUUUCAAUAUCUUGAAGUUUUUCAUUGUUACCUGGACCUGAAUAAUUUAUCUGGGGUACCUGUUAGGAUUCUACCGUGUCUAUUUAGAUAUAGAGGUAUAAAAGUAUGAAUACCCAAAUCUUUACUAGAUACAUAAUGGCUAAUUUAUAAAAGGGUUACAAUGCUAUGGAAACAGCUUUGAAUAAAAUGUUGUGUUCAUUUUUUACAUUUUAUUAAAGCCUGCAUAUACUUUCAAUUGCUUGUAGGUGCAACUCCUGCAAGUUUAAAUAUUUGAGCUUUAAAAAUACACAUAUACUGUUUUUUAAAUUAAACCUAUAAACACCCAGACAGGCAAGUGUUCAGUUUACCACUGGGUCGGGUCUAAUGCAGUGCUUGGUAUUUUCUGAGGCGUUAUUAACAUGAAAACAAAGCAUAAGCAAUGUAAAAAUAUGUUGCCAUCCCUCAGCAUAUGCUGGAUGAAUUAACUUGCCCAGAGAAAAAGCAAAAUAUUUCAAAAACUCCAGAUUCUAAUUGUACCACACAUUACACUGUAUGCAUGAAGAGCUCUUUGCAUGCAAAAAGGGGCUUAGCUUUGUGCUCAGAAUCUGAGAUACACCCAGCCCUGACUCUAAUACUUCACCUCACUGUAUCCCUCUUGAGAAAAAUUGUUAAGACUAUGCUGUGUGGAUAUCUGCAAAUAAGGAGAAAACACAGGGUGUGUUUUUCUCCCUUUUCUGUAAAGGUGGGAUCAUUCUCCAACUUUAUUUGUCCAUCUGUAGAUGGACAAAAUUCUACUUUAUCUAGUCAGCAAGUUCUCUAUCACUUUAAGAAUUACACAAGAAAUAUAUGAACUUAAAAUCAUUUUCAGAUACGUAUCAUAUGGUUAAGUUCUAAAUCUCAAACUAUCAGCGACAGAUAUCAACAGAUACAUGAUUGUUACUACCUGGAGUCUAAUAUAGGCAGUUUGAAAGUUCUGCCCAUGAUUAUGUGACUAAUGAUGAAAACUAACUUUCCAGCUAUUCACUGUAAAUUUAAUCCACUCAACUACUGUAUGUGUAAGUGAGUGAAGUGUUGUCUAAAGGAAAAUCAACUCAUUUGCUUAGAAUAAUAAAGGUAUCUGUGUAAUUCCA